UGUUCCUGUUCCCGAUGCCACCGCCAAGGUAUUUACCCAUGAUGUCUCUCUUAUUCAAGCCAAGUUGCCAAAAUCCUAUAAAAAUGGUGCAAAAUUCGCACGAAUUCAUGAUUCGAUUCGCCAGUACCAUACGCACUGUCGCAGAGGUCAUCCGUUUCUAUUACUACUUGGUUUUACUAGUUGGUGCUCUCCAAUCCAAUCAGUAAAUUUCACUAUUCACUCCUAAAUACUUAAAAAGGUACUCUAGAAAACAGUCAUGGCAGUUGGAGCUCCAAUUCCAAUAUGUGUGCAGUGUGGCACGGCCGGCAACCCCUGUAGGUGCAAGGUGGUGGGUCCGACGGUCGGGUUCUUGGCAUUUGCGGCCGCUGCGCUGGUGGAGUGGCCUGUCGGUGCUCUGGUUUAUUGCUUUCGCCACAUGAAGGGCCGCCGCAUCAUGGCUCAUCCGGCCACCGUCGUUUUUCCUUCCGUCUCAAAUUCCAUCCCUAUUUGAGAUUUCGCGUCACGACGGUAGUGAGAUAUACUUAGUACAUUGAUCUUGUCACAUACAUGAUACAUGUGGGUGUUGUUGUUGACUUGUUGUCUUGUUCUGUUCUUAUUUUUUUCACUAGUCUAUUAGUUUCUUCACCAAUGUUGUCUGUCUAACUCUUUCGUUUUCUUUUGUGAUUGAUCUACUGAGUAGUGUUUGUCUUGUCCUCGUUGCCCUGACCUGAUCAAUCAUUUCUGUGUCGCUAUAUAUAUAUAUAAUUGCAUGA